AGGGGAAAGGAGGAACGCCUGUAAGGAGAGAAAGCUGCCCGGAGCAUCCAAUUUAUUAAUCUGGCAUAACCGCUAACCGUUUUUUAAUUAGAUCUAUGACGGGAACAGCACGUAGGAGUCUUUUUGAACCUUUUUUUUUGUAAUUUGAAAGCAGGAUUUUUAUUCAAGGGGACAAGGGGGUCUCCGAUCAAGGGAUGAAGGAACAGCUUCGGAGAACCAGUCAAACAAACAGGGCUUUUCAUCCAGAAAACAUAGGGUUUCUUCGCUUGCUUCACUUGGCUUCAAUUUAUGAAAAGGAUUUAGCCUUAAAAAACUGUCCGGGAUUCCAGUGAUUGAGCUUCUCGGUAUAAUAAUUGCGAUUUAGCUAGCUGCACUGGUAGCCCUGUUUGAGAAAAUUGCACAUAGCAGGUGGAUCCGAAUGAACCGUAAAGCACUUAUUUAUACGUAGCCUAUUCAUCAUCAACUGUGUUUGGGGAAGCAUAAUAUUUGUUGCUGGAUUUAUAUUUGUCGCCCGCCCUCUUUUUAUGAAAUCUCACUGUAGAGAUUGCUUCUGAAAACAAACGACGAAGGAAAAGGGCAAAAGAGAAGCUGGAUCGUUUCGAUACUUUGUUUCGGGGAGCAAAAGGUUCAGUGGCUAUAUGCAUUAGCUGAGACCGCAGUUAAUCGGAACGAUUAGCUAACGCGUUCCCUUCCUGGAAUUGCUGACGGUGGGUUUUUUUCUUUUCUUCUUUUCAUUCAUUCAUUCGUUCAAACGGGCAGAGAAACGUAUCAGAACCGACCACAUUCGUCUGUCUGGAUUACCGAAUCGUGGAGAAAAUCGAAUAGCCCAACUAAACGAGCGUCGAUUUGGAACUUGAAUUCGUUGUCCACUGCCGUUUGUGUUCAUCAAAAAGGGGGGAGAGAGAGAGGGGUAAAACUGAAUACGCUUUAGCUCCAGGGAAAGUAGUGAAAUAAAUAUUUAGGAUUACUACUGGAUUCUGGAAUACGGGAUGAAACCUUUGAUUUCUCUCUGGACCGCAUCGUUCUGAAGACGCUGGCGAGGCGCAGCAACCUGCAUGGAAUUCUAGCCUGCACCACCAAACGAUUUAUGGUUGGACGUAGCGCCCCCCGGCUGUAGAUCUCCCUCGCCCCACCAUGUUAGCCUGUCUGCAGAGGAGGCAGAACCCCCCCCCACAGCACCGAGUGUGCGCGGGCAAGAGCCUGGAGGCCCCCCACCCGCCCAGCCGAAAAUGUGAGCUGGCGGCCCCCGCGCACUCCCCCCGCUACCCCAGCGCGGCCGAGCUGGACGCGUACGCGCAGAAGACCGCCGGCAGCCCGCUGUCCAUCAAGAUCUUCCCCACCAACAUCAGGGUCCCCCAGCACAAGCACCUUAACCGCACGGUGAACGGCUACGACACCACGGGCCAGCGCUACAGCCCCUACCCGCCCCUCCACACCGCGGGCUACCAGGGCCUGCUGGCCAUCGUCAAGGCCUCCGCCGCGCCCGGAGCCAAGGGCGUGCUCAAAAACGCCGAGGGCAGGAGGACUAAGCUCUCCCCGGCCCAAAUCGCCGUGGCGCCUUACCCUCCGCCCGGCAACAGCACUUUAGCCCACGCCCACGGGCAGAUGGCCUAUCACGGCGGGCCGCCCAAGCCGCCGGAGGCCCCCUCCCGGGCGGUGCCCCCCAACGUGACCGUGGCGGCCUCAGUGAUCCCCAUCCCCGGGGGGCGGGGCCUGAGCCUGCCCCCGCAGUCCAACCUGCCCUCCAUCCAGAGCAUCAUCUACCAGAUCAACCAGCACUGCCAGGCCCAGGCGCUGCAGCAGGUGUGCCAGGGCGUGGUGGUGGCCGCGCCCGGCAACCCCAGCCCCUCCAAGCAGGCCGCCGUCGCCGCGGCGACCGCCGCCGUGGCCUCCUCCGGCUCCUCGGGGGGCGGCGGCUUCCCCGUCGGCAUGGCGACCCAGGGCGGGAUGGCGUACGCGGGCGCCGUGCUGCCCUUGCAGGGCGCGGAGAUGGUGAAGGCCGGGGCCUACGUGGACAGCAUGGACUACAUCCUGUGGCAGCAGAAGCAGCAGCAGCACCAACAGCAGCACCAACAACAACAACAACAACAACAACAGCAGCAGCAGCAGCAGCAGCAGCAACAGCAGGCCGUGUUGCGGAUGUACAGUGCGGGCAGCGGAGGGGGCGGGGCCAUCAGCAAGUCCCCGGAGACCUGCGUGCCCGGGGGCGGGGCCGGCGUGGUGGUGGGCGGGGCCCAGGUCUCCGCCAGGGCCUAUCAGCUGGCCAGCGGGGGCGGGCUGGACAAGGUCAGCUCCUCCCCGUUGAACUGCGUGGGCAUGCACGGCAACUUCUCCGUGGGCCAGUACUUCGCCCCGCCCUGGAACAGCGUGCUGGUGACCCCCGACAGCGACUGUUACAACCCUCAGGAGCUCCCGGGGGCCGGCACGGGGGGCCCCGGCACUGGGCACCGGGACCUGGGCUUCCCCCACCACCACCACCACCACCACCACCAUCACCACCACCCGCCCGUGGACAGCGGCGGGGGCCUCUGCUGCAGCCUGCCGAGCCGGAGCCUGUGCAACACCUCCAUCCUCAGCAGCAGCCUGCAGUCGCUGGAGUACCUGAUCAAUGACAUCCACCCGCCCUGCAUCAAGGAGCAGAUGCUGGGGAAGGGGUACGAGACCGUGGCCGUGCCUCGCCUGCUGGAUCACCAGCACGCACACAUCCGCCUGCCCGUUUACAGAUAAGGGCCUGCUGCCGGGCCGGGCCGGGCCGGGCCGCCGCGGAGGAACGCAACGGAAACGACAAAAAAACGAAAACGAAUAUCUCAAUCCCGAGAAACGCAGAGACGCGAGACGUGUGCGGUGGAGAUCUUUAUUAUAAAUCAAUAGAUAUUAUGUGUUGAUUGGCACUGCUUUAAGAGGACGGAGGGCUUGUCGGAGAGCCUGGGUUUGCCGUGGAGUUUGACGGAUCCUGACAUUGGUGGAAAGAGGGGGUGUGCGUGAAGGUGGAAGAAAAAAAAAAA